UCAUAAUCAGAUAUUGUGUACAUUACAAGCGCACGCCACGCUCACUCGCGGUGCCACGGCUGUCUCAUUUUAUAUCGGUUCGCGCUCGACGUGCUUGACCGCUGCCGCCGGCGUGCCGAGUCCGUGCCAUUAAGAUCUUUGCCGCCGCCGUUGUACCGUGGUACCGCACAAACAAUAAUAUUAAUUAAACGUCGUGCCGGACCGCGCAACAUCAGGCAUUUUGCGACAACAACGGUUAUUAUAAUAUUUUUCAACAGUUAUUCAUUCGAGUCUGAAUUUGUGCGCAGACGUUUUUUUUUUUCAAAGUUAUUAUCGUCCGUGCGGUGUAUACGCGGUUUUUUGUUUUGCAAAUUUCUUCGGCGGUACACUACAAAACUCUCAUUGAACCUAUAACCAUAUAUCAUAUUGAUAUUACAUAUUAGAUAUAUUAAUAUAUUUAUAAAAAUAUACAAUAGGUGAGUAGUAGACACACGUCUGCGUGCUCAGUGACCACAGUACUACUGUACCCACACCGUUCGCGUCUGUUGUGUGUUACAGCGGCGGCCGGAAUACACCACAAUGAUUAAAGUCGACGAAUCUGAUCUAGUUGGAGAAGUGGAACCUAGUUUUCCAUACAGAGAGAUAAAAAUUCGCAAAGGAGUGGACAUGAAAGAACAUUAUGAACUACAGUCUGAAAUUGGACGUGGGAAAUUCGGUACGGUAUUCAAAUGCCGAGAAAAGGCUACGGGGCUCAUGUUAGCUGCUAAGUUUGUCGGAAUCGUGCACAAACAAGACAGGCGCAACGUGGAACGAGAAGUGGAAAUCAUGUGUGAGCUCCAACAUCCUCGUCUGAUACAGCUCUACGACGCCUUCGAAGCAAACAAUGCCAUGUGCUUCAUACUAGAACUUGUCGAGGGUGGUGAGCUGUUCGAGAGAGUUAUAGACGACGAUUUCGUCUUGACCGAAAAGUCAGUGACUGUGUUCAUGCGACAAAUAUGCGAAGGCGUGCAGUUCAUCCACUCUAAAAAUAUAUUACAUCUUGACAUCAAGCCGGAGAAUAUAUUGUGUCUGACAAAAACGGGUAACCGCAUUAAGAUCAUCGACUUCGGCUUGGCGAGGAAAUUCAAUCCAGAACACAAACUUCAGGUGCUUUUCGGCACGCCGGAGUUUGUCGCACCGGAAGUGGUGAAUUUCGAUGCUAUCGGGUUCGGCACGGAUAUGUGGUCCGUCGGUGUGGUUUGCUAUGUCUUACUGUCGGGACUCUCGCCUUUCAUGGGCGAAACUGACGUGGAAACCAUGGCCAACGUCACUAUUGCUCAAUACGACUUCGACGACGAGUCGUUUGAUUCCAUAUCGAACGACGCCAAGGAUUUCAUCAAGAAGCUUCUAGUCAAAGACCACAAGAGCCGCAUGACUGCAACCGAAUGUUUAUCUCAUAGUUGGAUGCAAAAGAAAAGUACAAAAAAGAUCAUGCGUAAGAAAGGGCCCGCCAAGAAACUGUCGCGGCAAGAGUCGAUCAAGGUGGAACAGGACUGCCCUCCGUCGCUGUCUGUCGCCCGGCAAGACUCCUCGCUGGACUUGACAAAAGAAAACCUUAGAGAGUUCUGUGAACGUAAGUCCGGUACGAAUUCACCGACCGAUGUCGUGCCGGUGACGGCCAGCGACCGAACCCUGGCACCCAAAACGCCGUCUCCGCCGUUGUCCGUGCCAGAAGUGACACAAAUUACAGGUACCAAAAUUGUGAUGCCCGGUAAGCGAGACGAGACGGUGGCAAACAAAGACGGCGAAAGUAAGUUCGUGGCGAUAGGCAAUGUUCUUCCGGACAACGGCGGCCGUGUCGACGCGUCACCGAAAUCAAUCGACAUUUCUGCGCCGACGGAAGAUCGACAGAAAUCGAACGUUGUGGUGGUUGUUAAUAAUAAAAUGAUCGAACCAACUGACAAAGUCGAUCCGACCGAAAAGGUGGACGCCAAAACCGUUGUGCCAAGCGAAAAUGAUAACAUGGCUGCUUUAGGGAUUAUUCCAGCGGACGGCGGGUCGAUCAAAGGAAAAUCUCAGCCGGCCCCCGCCAAGCAGAGUUCUACUCAAACGGUGGUCACUAAUAUCGUUAUAAAGUCCGGUAAGGAGCAGCCCGGUCGUUAUGACAUCAAAACUUCGCCACUAGUGGACAUACCCAAGAAAUCCGUGGACACCCAACACAUGUCGUGGACCCACAGCACGACGACCACCAAUCGUAGGUCGUCGGACGUGUCGUACAUGUUCUCGAGGACGACAAACACCUCGACGACCACCACGAAGUCGUCCGCGAGUCUGCUGCACGAACUGGUGUUGUCCGCGGCGGACGGACACGAAGACCCGCAUGUAGCGGCCCACAAUUUGCACAAGAUGCUGUUGACCAGACAACCGUUCAGCGUGGACCGCAAGCCCAAGUUCAAAUUGACCAGUAUGAACCGGGACGUGCCCAUCGGGUCGCCGCCACCCGCCAGCAACCUGCUGUAUUACAUGACCGAUUCGUACCAUUCGGCGCCGCACAGCAAACUGUCUUCGCCAGACCGCGAAUCGGCCAAAGACAUGUUGCUCAGGCUGUUCUACGGCGAUCGCAACAAACCCGCCAAACCUGACUUAUCCACGUGAAUCGCGAUCAACGGGUUUAGGUUAGGUCCCGCCACCGUUAAUUUUUUUUUUAAUUUGUAAUUUGUAUAAUUAUAGAUUUGUUUGCCAGCUGGUCAGUUCGAAUCGAUUACUAUCUCUGCAACACUGUUGAAUAUUUAAUUAUUGCAUUUUUAUUUUUUGUCACUCGCCCAAACGUUUUGAUAUGGGGAAGACUUUUGCUGAACUUAUAUUUUUCAUUGUUUCGUCAUUUGUAUUUUUUGUAUUACAAUGUAUAGGUUGCAGGAUACAUGAUCCUCUCAAAAGGGUGAAUGAUUUUCACAAUAGAUGUUCAGAGAUAUUAACUGAUCGACGAUCAGCUUACAUAUAACAUGUCGAUAUGUAUCUUAUAAAUUAUAUUUAGCAAAACAUUAUACUCAAAUUCAGAUAUUCAGAUAUUCCUGUAUAUCUUUGUACUUAAUUUUUUUUUAAUGAAUUACAAUUGUAUACAUUUUACUGGGGCGGGUCUAUUCCUAUAAAACCCUUGAUCAUGUCUAUGUAAACUUUCACAUUUAAUCAUACUAAAAUUAUUUUUUCGGUAUGUCUGAUCUGUAAUAGCCAAGUCCAAUAUUGGUCACUCUUGAAGUUUAAGACCUAAGCCUUUUUUUUGGGGUCUAGACCAUAGAAUCUAUGUACUAAUUUCAGUAUAAUUAGUAGGCAAACGUAAUUCCACCCCUUUUUAUACUAUAGAGGUAUAUAUGUAUAUUGUAGUUACCAAUUCUAGUUAAUGAUCACUCCUGUAAGACGGACAUGUGAAUAGCGAAUAUAAACACUACUUUACUAUUGCAUAUUUUGAUAAUUUUAUGUUGAAUAAAAUUGAAUAUAUAUUAUUGUUUUUAGCGCACCACCUAUAAUGAUAUUUUUAAAUUAAAAUUUAGUUUAUCGUCUUCAUUGAUGCUUUGCAGAUUAUCCAUAAAAAUUAUGAUUUUUACGCCUAUUUUAUGUACGAUAGUCGAGUUUUAUUAAAACCAAGCAAAAAACAAUUACCAUUGAAUCGGCUGUAGAAUUUUGUUAAGUUUAUUUUUUGUGUGAUAAAGCAUUUUAAAUUUUGUAUUCGUUAUAAUGAGUAGUAAAAAUAAACUUGUAUUUAUAAGUAGGUUUGUGUAGAAAUUUGUCAUAAUAUGUAAUUAUUGUACUUAUACACUUAGAUAAUUAUAGAUGGUAACUGCGCCCUGCGGUAUUGUAAUGUAUAGAUACAUAGAUAAUUUUGAAAA